GACAAAACUCUGGGCAAACUUCUACCUACUUCCGUCUUCGAGCAGAGAAAAAAAAAAGGCUCAAAGAUGGAGAUUAAUUCCUCACAAUUCUUCACCCAAAUCGAUCAGCUUCGUUCGUACUUGUUCGGUAAUGUCGAAGCCGAAGACUCCCAGCGUGUAGAUGAAGAAAUUGUUCCCGGGGAGAUUUUGGAGCGCAUUGAGAAGGUCAUCCUGCAAAUAGUGAGCAGUCUGUCUAAGGACGAGGCACCGGUCUUGGUGCUGCCCAAUAGAUCCAGCUGGGACAACAUCAGAUUUGACAGUGCCAUCGGACUUCAGAUGAGUUCACCGUGUGUCGUCACGACGAUCAGAAGUAGCUGCCCAACAACUGCCACUAGAUUUGCCCAGAUUGUCAGGAUUCUGUCUGUCAUUUACACUCUGGUGCAGAGCAACUCCUACGCAACAAAAAGGGAGAUCUUCUACCAGCACCAACAGCUGUUUGGCUCCCAGAGAAGCCUGGAUCGAAUAGUGGAUGAUGUGUCCUGCAUGCUGGAGGUUCCGCGAAGAUCUUUGCGGGUGCUGGCCACAUCCAAAGGUUUAAUCUCAGGUGAUCUGUGUUACCUGGAGGAAGACGGCACAAGGAUCGACUGCCACUCCAACUCUGCUGCUUUGGCCGUGUCAUCAAACAUCGCAGGGAUCAGAAAUAUUGUGUCAUGUGCCAAGUUUAUCCUGGUCGUUGAGAAGGAUGCCACAUUUCAGAGACUUCUCCAGGAUGACUUGUGCACCAAGCUUUCCCCGUGCAUCAUGAUAACAGGAAAAGGUUUUCCAGAUGUGAACAGCAGGUUGAUGGUGAGAAAGCUGGUGGACGUGCUUCGUGUCCCAACCUUCAUUCUGGUGGAUGCCGACCCACACGGCAUUGAGAUCAUGUGUAUCUACAAGUAUGGAUCAGUGGCCAUGUCGUACGAAGCCCGCAGCCUGACAAUCCCCAGUGUCAUGUGGUUAGGCAUCCUGCCCUCGGACCUCCACAGGUUGCAAGUUCCCAGAGAUGCACUGAUCCCGCUCACCAAGAGAGACCAACAGAAACUGAACAGCCUCCUCAAAAGACCGUAUGUGGCACAACAACCAGAGUGGCUGAAAGAGAUGGAGUUGAUGCAGAAGAGCAAAUACAAAGCUGAAAUUCAGUCACUGGCUGCCAUUGGUCCAGAUUUCCUCUCUAGCAUUUACCUGCCCAACAAGCUGCGCUAUGGAGGCUGGGUAUGAGUCAUAAGCUGCCACCUGGUAGACAAAAGACUUCUUGACAAACAUAGUCUUUGUAACUCCUGUCUGAUCUUUAAUGACACAAAUACUUUGUUUACACAUAUUUAAUAGUCUUGAAAUGCUGCCACCUGGUGGAUGAAAUACUUCUUGACAAAUAGUCUUUGUAACUCCUGUCUGAUCUUUACUGACACAAAUACUUUGUUUACAUGUAUUUAAUGGUCUUUAAAUGCUGCUACCUAGUGGAUGAAAUAAUUCUUGACAAACGGUCUUCGUAACUCCUGUCUGAUCUUUACUGACACAAAUACUUUGUUUACAUGUUUUGCGUCAUCGUGUGGCCUUAAAUAUUCUGGACUUUCAAACAAAAAUAAACUGUUUUGG